AUGUUUGCAGAAUUGCUGUGCAGCGCCGUGGCUCUGGUCUUGUACGUCAACACUCUGGGAGCGGAUUUCUGCUACGAUGACAGCCGUGCAAUCAAGACCAAUCAAGACCUUCUUUCAGAAACACCCUGGACAAAUAUCUUCUAUGAUGACUUCUGGGGCACCUUGCUCACACACACUGGCAGCCACAAGUCUUACCGCCCCCUCUGUACCCUCUCCUUCCGCUUUAAUUACGCUGCGGGUGGGCUGGAUCCGUGGGGUUACCACCUGGUGAAUGUUGCCCUCCACGGCACGGUGGCGGGCCUUUUUACAAGGCUCGCUCACUUGCUGCUUGGCGGAGGCUUAUGGAGCCUCCUGGCUGGCCUGCUAUUCGCUUCCCACCCCAUCCACACCGAGGCAGUGGCAGGUGUCGUUGGCCGAGCCGAUGAAGGAGCUGCCUUGUUCUUCUUGCUAUCCCUGCUGUGUUACAUACAUUACUGUGAGCUGCGGGGCAAUGCUGGAGCACUGCAGCUUAUGGCUUGGUUCCUGGGCAGCCUGGGCUGCGCAGCGUGCAGUAUGCUGUGGAAGGAGCUGGGAGUGACCGUUCUGGCCUUAUCAGCGCUCUAUGAAAUCUGCGUUUUGCACAAGCUGAAACUCCGACAGAUUGUUGUGCUUCUCUAUAAGAGAAAUAACGUCCAGCUGCUGCUGAAUGUAUUUCUGCUGGCAGCCUGGGGCGUGACCCUGUUGGCCUGCCGCCUCUACUGGAUGGGUAACAAGCCCCCAAACUUCUCCAACUCAGACAACCCAGCAGCUGACUCCCCCUCCCUCCUCACCAGGACGCUGACAUUUUUAUACCUACCUGCCGUCAACUUUUGGCUCCUCCUCUGCCCGAACACACUCAGCUUCGAUUGGUCGAUGGACACGCUACCUUUGAUCAGGAGCCUCACUGAUUGGAGGAACGCCCAUACACUCCUUUUCUAUUUUGGAUUUUUACAGCUGGCCUGGUUCAGUGUGUGGAAGCGGCCAAAAUCCAAGGGCAAGGAAAGUAAUGGCAAAGCACAUGUGUUUAGUAAUGGACGGAAUGGGAACAGCAAUGGGCACACUUACCAGAACCACGAACAUGAACAUGUGAACAACUCUUGCAUGACUACUCACAUCAAUAGUGCACAGAAUGGUACCAAAAAGCUCCAUGAGAGCAGGACAUCGCUGCCCACCACGGAAAAUGUGGUGGUGUUUUCCCUAGGCCUUUUGGCUAUCCCGUUCCUCCCUGCCACAAAUCUCUUCUUUUAUGUUGGCUUCGUGAUAGCAGAAAGAGUACUGUACAUUCCCAGCAUGGGAUUUUGUCUGCUGGUAGCCGUGGGCUUGCGGUCUCUAUACAUUCGACUGAGAAAGAACUCCUCAAGGUCCUUGUUGGUUUACUGCAGCGCAGCCUUGAUUUUGCUUUUUGGUGUUAGGACUGUUUUGAGGAACCGGGACUGGGAGAACGAAGAGAUGCUCUACAAGUCAGGGAUUUCAGUCAAUCCCGCUAAAGCAUGGGGCAACCUGGGAAAUGUCCUGAAGAGUCAAGGGAAGAUGGAGGAGGCGGAACAGGCCUACAGGAAUGCUCUUUAUUACCGCAGCAACAUGGCUGACAUGCUGUACAACCUCGGUUUGCUGCUCCAGGAGAGCAACAAGUUCUCUGAGGCACUUCACUACUAUAAACUGGCCAUUGGAAGCCGGCCAACUCUGGCCUCGGCCUACUUGAACACAGGCAUUAUCCUGAUGAACCAAGGUCGCCUGGAGGAGUCCAAGCGUACCUUCCUGACCUGUGCUGAAAUCCCGGAUGAGAACCUUAAAGACCCCCACGCCCACAAGAGCUCGGUCACUAGCUGCCUGUACAACUUGGGGAAGCAGCUGCAUGAGCAAGGGCGACAAGAGGAGGCCCUCUCUGUCUUUAAACAAGCAAUACAGAAAAUGCCAAGGCAAUUUGCACCGCAGAGCCUCUACAACAUGAUGGGAGAGGCCUAUAUGAGACUAAACAAACUGACUGAAGCCGAACACUGGUACCGAGAGUCCCUUCGAGCCAAGCCGGACCACAUUCCUGCGCACCUCACCUACGGAAAACUCCUGGCUACAACAGGGCAGAAAUCAGAAGCAGAGAAGUACUUCUUGAAGGCCAUCCAGCUAGAUCCCACAAAGGGCAACUGUUACAUGCAUUAUGGUCAGUUUUUGUUGGAAGAAUCUCGGCUCCUGGAAGCGGCAGAGAUGGCACAGAAGGCUGCCCGGCUUGACAGCGGCGAGUUUGAUGUGGUCUUCAGUGCUGCUCAUAUGCUAAGACAAGCCAGCCUGAACGGAGCAGCUGAGAAGUAUUACGGACAAGCUGCAAGCCUGAGACCCAAUUAUCCCGCCGCCUUGAUGAACUUGGGAGCCAUUCUUCAUCUCAAUGGGAAACUUCAAGAAGCUGAAGCUAAUUACCUCCGAGCGCUGCGCCUCAAACCAGAUGAUGCCAUCACCCAGUCCAACUUGCGUAAGCUGUGGAACAUUAUGGAGAAACAAGGCCUGAAGACCACCAGCCCAUAA